AUGAAUGCCACAAAGUUUGUUGUGAUUCUCUUCAUUGGAGUUGUGUGUGCCAAUGUUGGCGCAAGGCAGCUCGAAGAAGUCCCCAAAGAGGCCACGCUAGGCAUCUCUAAUCCCAAAACUGCAACUACCAAUGGCGUUGGAACUCAGCUUUACGUUGAAAUCGCCGGUGCUGGCUACGGAGGCGGCAGUAGCAGCUCUGAAGCUGAUAACGGUCGUGGCCGUUCCAGGGCCAGUACAUACACAAGUGGCUCUGGAAGUGGCAGCGGAUCUAUCGUUGUCGCUGGUAGCACCGAUUACGGUUAUUUAGAUAACUUUGGUAGCGGUUCAGGCGGUAGUAGUGCUGCAGCGGGAGACGGUGGUGCCACCACCGGUGGAGGCGGCUCUGGAAAUGGCGGCAACAUUGGCUAUGGCCAAAGCACCACCCCUUGA